CCGUUGACUUGAAGGGGCUCUACGUGACGACUGAGAGAAAGGGGGCAACACUCGAGCUCGGAGGCGCAGCGGAGCAGGACAGCCGAGCAGCGCAGAGAGGAGCAGUGCGCGGAGAGACGGUGUCCAUCCGUCAAUCAGCUGGAAGGAUCCCACACUAACAAACCCCUUAUGGCUGCUUGAGAAAUAACGAUACACCCCCCCUUCCCCCUUUUUUCUCUCUUUCUCUGGGACUUUUUGGCUUUUUUUUUAUUGGUCCUGACCAGAAGUUGUUGCCAGUCACAUUAGUUGCUCCAAGUUGAGAAAAAAAAAAAAAACGAACAAAAAGGUGAAUCCACUUGCUUGCAGUGGACGUCUCUGGCGGUCAUGGAUACCCAUAUAAGAUGGAAAGUUAAACGGAGGAUAAGGGACGCCCAAAUCACUUUAGCGGUGAUUCUGCUUUUUGUCACGUCGCAAGCAAGUUCAGCGGAACCAGCAGACCUCUUGAAGAUUUUAGAUUUUCACAGUUUACCUGAGGGUGUUACAAAAACAACGGGUUUCUGCUCACAUCGGAGGUCAACACAAGGACCUGAUGUGGCUUACAAAGUAUCCAAAGACGCCCAGCUCAGUGCCCCCACCAAACAGCUGUACCCAGGUGAUGUCUUCCCUGAGGACUUUUCCAUCUUGGCCACAGUGAAGCCUAUGAAGGGCAGCCAGUCCUUCCUGUUGUCCGUGUACAAUGAACAGGGCAUCCAGCAGCUCGGACUAGAAGUGGGCCGCUCGCCAGUGUUCCUGUACGAGGACCACACAGGCAAACCCAGCCCCGAGGACUACCCCCUCUUCAGAGGAGUCAACCUAGCUGAUGGAAAGUGGCAUCGAGUGGCCAUCAGUGUGCACAAGCAGACCAUCACCCUCAUUCUGGACUGUAAAAAGAAGACCACCCAGAAGCUGCUCCGAAGCCCCCAUCCCAUCAUUGAUACCAAAGGAAUUAUAGUGUUUGGAACAAGAAUACUUGAUGAAGAAGUCUUUGAGGGAGACAUCCAGCAGCUAAUGAUUGUAGCAGACCAUCGUGCUGCCUAUGACUACUGUGAGCACUACAGCCCCGAUUGUGAAGUGCCAGCGCCCGACCAGCCCCAGAACCAGGACCCCAACACAGACGAAUACCACACAGAAGAGGAUAACUACUAUUAUGAAUACCCUUACUAUGACGACAUGGAUAGCAAGCCUUAUGAAUCCACUCCUGAUACUGAGACAACCACAGAAGAAGUCAAGGUGACAGACGGAGACAGCGUGGUGACCACAGUGGAGGAGAUUUUGAGAGGCGGUUCUGGUGGCACCGGCGGCAAAGUCUUGACCUCCACUUCUAUCUCCACCAGCUCGUCCUCUGGUGGCACGUCAUCCAGCUCAUCCAGCAGCUCAUCCAGCAGCUCCUCGGCAAGCUCUUCAGGCACUGCAGGAGGAGAUGCCUACGGAGAGGAGACCAGCCCUUACGACGGCUACGAUGGCUACGAGACUAACUACGAGACCUAUUACGAUGAGGCCACAGCCGCACCCGACAGUGACACGUCUCGACGCAUCACCAUCACCAGCAUUGGCACCGGAGGUGACCUGGACCUGGGAGCAGCGGGGAAGAUCGACUUGGGUACCGGGACGGUCGAAAGGAAGGUCAUCACCAGCGGUGGAGGAGCUUCCGUCACAAUCAAUACAACAACAAUCGAACGUUCCUAUGACGACUAUGGUGAUGGGUAUGAUUACGGAGUAGACAGCCACUACAGCACUGGUGGAGCUGGUGGUAGCAGCAGCAGCAGCACGGUUCACAUCAGUGGUGGAGGCGGUGGCGGCAGCAGCAGUAGUUCUACCAUCACCAUCGGGGGCGGCUCUGUCGGAGGCGGUUCCGUGUCCGUCGGAGGUGGUUCUGUAUCUGUGGGAGGUGGUUCUGUAUCAGUGGGAGGAUCUUCCACCUCUGGAGGCGGAUCUGCCAGCGCUGGCACCGGAACUGGUGGGUCUGUCACCACUGACACCGGCCUGGGCGUAGAUGGCGACGGCGACUACACAGAUCUGGAUGGGUUUAAGGAGGACACCAUCGACUAUACCGACCUAGAUGGCUAUGACGACCUGGAUUACGGCGACCAAGAUGGCAAAGUGCUACCUGCUGAGACCAACGAGUAUUACGGACAGGUCGACGGAGCUCGUGGUGAGAAAGGACAGAAGGGAGAGCCUGCUGUUAUUGAGCCUGGAAUGUUAGUGGAGGGUCCUCCUGGGCCUGAGGGGCCAACAGGUCUGCCCGGACCCCCAGGUGCUUCUGGCCCAUCAGGCAGCCCCGGAGAUGUUGGAGAGAGGGGUCCUCCGGGUCGUCCUGGUCUUCCUGGUGCUGAUGGUCUUCCAGGACCCCCUGGAACUGUCCUGAUGCUGCCUUUCAGGAUGAGCGCUGGAGGUGACUCUGGACAGAAGGGACCUGCUGUAUCAGCACAGGAGGCCCAGAUGCAAGCCAUCAUGCAGCAAGCCAGGCUGGCAAUGCGCGGUCCUACAGGUCCUAUGGGUUUAACUGGCAGACCUGGUCCUCUGGGUCCUCCUGGUGUGCCAGGACUGAAGGGAGAGUCUGGAGAAUCGGGACCUCAGGGACCACGUGGAGCUCUGGGAUCCCCGGGACCCCCUGGAAAGCCUGGCAGAAGGGGUCGCUCUGGAGCUGAUGGUGCCAGAGGUAUGCCAGGACAGACUGGACCCAAGGGAGACCGAGGGUUUGAUGGUCUGGCUGGGCUUCCUGGUGAAAAAGGACACAGAGGUGAAUCCGGUCCUUCUGGACCUCCUGGUGCUCCUGGAGAGGAUGGAGAGAGGGGAGAUGAUGGAGAGAUCGGACCCAGGGGACUUCCUGGUGAACCAGGGCCCCGUGGUUUGUUGGGACCAAAAGGACCUCAGGGACCUCCUGGACCACCUGGUGUUACUGGAAUGGAUGGCCACCCUGGACCCAAAGGAAACAUCGGACCUCAAGGAGAGCCAGGACCUCCCGGACAGCAAGGCAACCCAGGUGCCCAGGGACUUGCAGGGCCUCAAGGACCCAUCGGACCUCCAGGAGAAAAGGGUCCAACUGGAAAGCCAGGUUUGCCAGGAAUGCCAGGAGCUGAUGGUCCACCGGGUCACCCUGGAAAGGAGGGGCCUACUGGAGAGAAAGGACACAUGGGCCCCGCCGGCCCUCAAGGACCCAUUGGUUAUCCUGGGCCCCGAGGCGUGAAGGGAGCUGAUGGUGUCCGUGGCCUUAAAGGAAACAAGGGUGAAAAGGGAGAAGACGGCUUCCCCGGCUUCAAGGGAGAUAUGGGUAUCAAGGGCGACAGGGGAGAGCUUGGACCAGCAGGACCCAGAGGAGAGGACGGUCCCGAGGGGCCAAAAGGUCGUUCAGGACUCCCAGGAGACGCUGGUCCGAUUGGAUCCACUGGUGAGAAGGGUAAACUAGGAGUUCCUGGAUUACCAGGAUACCCAGGAAGACAAGGACUAAAGGGAUCUCAAGGUUUCCAAGGUUUCCCUGGUGCUAAUGGAGAGAAAGGAACGCGGGGAACAGCAGGAAAGCCUGGCCCACGCGGACAGAGAGGACCAACGGGGCCUCGAGGAGAGAGAGGGCCAAGAGGACCAACAGGAAAAGCUGGACCAAAGGGUAACUCAGGAAAUGACGGCCCACCAGGACCUCCCGGUGAGAGGGGUUUGCCAGGGCCUCAGGGACCAACAGGUUUCCCAGGACCAAAGGGCCCUCCUGGACCUGCAGGGAAAGAUGGACUGCCUGGGCAUCCUGGACAGAGAGGAGAGACUGGAUUCCAAGGCAAAACAGGCCCUCCUGGCCCUCCAGGUGUAGUUGGACCUCAGGGAUCAACAGGUGAGACUGGACCAAUGGGAGAUCGAGGCCAUCCUGGACCUCCAGGCCCACCUGGUGAGCAGGGUCUACCUGGAGCUGCAGGGAAAGAAGGAGCCAAGGGUGACCCUGGUCCUGCUGGCCCAGCAGGUAAGGAUGGUCCUCCUGGGCCAAGAGGAUUCCCCGGAGAGAGAGGUCUGCCUGGCCCUGUGGGGGCUCACGGCCUGAAAGGGAAUGAGGGUCCUCAUGGCCCACCUGGCCCUGCUGGUUCUCCUGGUGAGCGUGGUCCUGCUGGCCCCGCCGGACCUACAGGUCUUCCUGGACGCUCUGGCCCUCAGGGUCCUCCAGGCCCUGCUGGAGAGAAAGGUGGACCGGGAGAGAAAGGACCUCAAGGCCCAGCUGGAAGAGACGGUAUUCAAGGACCUGUGGGCCUGCCAGGACCUGGAGGACCUCCUGGACCCCCUGGAGAGGAUGGAGACAAGGGAGAGAUUGGAGAGCCUGGCCAGAAAGGAAGCAAAGGAGACAAAGGAGAACAUGGUCCACCCGGUCCCACCGGACCUCAAGGACCUGUUGGAGCGCCAGGUCCUGCUGGUGCAGAUGGUGAGCCUGGUCCCAGAGGUCAGCAGGGUAUGUUUGGACAGAAGGGAGACGAUGGAGCAAGAGGAUUCCCUGGACCUCCAGGCCCAGUUGGGCUGCAGGGCCUGCCUGGUCCCCCUGGUGAGAAAGGUGAAACUGGAGACGUUGGUCAAAUGGGUCCUCCUGGUCCCCCUGGCCCCAGAGGCCCCUCAGGACCCCCUGGAGCCGAUGGCCCUCAGGGACCUCCUGGUGGUAUUGGAAACCCCGGUGCUGUAGGAGAGAAGGGAGAUGCUGGUGAAACAGGAGAGCCGGGACUUCAGGGAGAAGUUGGACCACCAGGCCCAAGAGGAGAGCGAGGAGAAAAGGGAGAGGCUGGUCCAGCUGGUGCUGCUGGACCUCCCGGUCCUAAAGGUCCCCCUGGAGAUGAUGGUCCCAAAGGCAGCCCAGGUCCAAGUGGUUUCCCCGGUGACCCUGGCCCCCCUGGAGAGCCCGGUCCAGCUGGCUUAGACGGUCCACCUGGUGAUAAGGGAGAUGAUGGAGAAGCUGGUCAGGCCGGCUCACCUGGACCCACUGGAGAGUCUGGUCCCUCUGGACCACCAGGAAAGAGAGGGUCUCCUGGACCAGCAGGACCUGAGGGAAGACAAGGAGAGAAAGGAGCCAAGGGAGAGCCUGGCUUGGAAGGUCCCCAAGGAAAGACGGGCCCCGUUGGCCCUCAGGGAUCACCUGGCAAACCGGGUUCUGAAGGACUCAGGGGGAUCCCAGGCGCAGUUGGAGAGCAAGGGUUACCUGGUGCUCCAGGCCCAGACGGACCUCCUGGACCUAUGGGCCCUCCUGGUUUACCUGGUUUGAAAGGAGACUCUGGUGUUAAAGGAGAAAAAGGCCAUCCGGGUCUCAUUGGUCUUAUCGGACCCCCAGGUGAACAGGGAGAAAAGGGUGACAGAGGUCUUCCUGGUCCUUCAGGAUCAGCUGGUCCCAAAGGAGACACUGGUAUUGCUGGUCCUUCAGGUCCACUCGGUCCCAUCGGCCCUCCAGGAUUACCUGGUCCUCCAGGUCCCAAAGGUGCUAAAGGGUCAUCGGGUCAAACUGGACCAAAGGGAGAGAGUGGAAUACCUGGACCUCCUGGACCUCCUGGCCCACCCGGUGAUGUUAUCCACCCACUCCCCAUCCAGGCUCCUAUUAAGGGCAGAUCGCGUAGGAACAUUGACGCCAGCCAGAUGGUGGACGAUGCAGCCGUGGAUGCCAAUUAUAAGGACUACGAUGACGGCAUGGAGGAAAUCUUCGGUUCGCUCAACUCCCUUAAGCUGGAGAUUGAACAGAUGAAGCACCCACUGGGCACACAGGGCAACCCCGCUCGUACCUGCAAGGAUCUGCAGCUCUGCCACCCUGAUUUCCCCGAUGGUGAGUACUGGAUUGAUCCAAACCAGGGCUGCUCUCGGGACUCCUUCAUGGUUUACUGCAACUUCACAGCAGGUGGAGAAAGCUGCAUCUUCCCAGAUAAGAAGUCUGAAGGGAGCAAAAUGGCAAAAUGGCCCAAAGACUCGCCAGGCACAUGGUAUAGUCACUACAAGAGAGGUUCCCUGCUUUCCUACGUGGAUGCAGAGGGCAACCCCAUCGGCGUGGUCCAGAUGACUUUCUUGCGGUUGCUGAGCGCAGCAGCCAGGCAGAACAUGACGUACAACUGCUACCAGUCGGUGGCCUGGCACGACCAAGACCAGGACAACUACGACAAGGCCAUCCGCUUCCUGGGCUCCAACGAUGAGGAGAUGUCGUACGAUAACAACCCCUACAUCCGCGCCCUGGUCGAUGGCUGUGCGUUGAAAAAGGGCUAUGAAAAGACAGUACUUGAGAUCAACACACCAAAGGUGGAACAGGUGCCAUUUGUGGACAUCAUGUUCAACGAUUUUGGCGGUUCCACGCAGAAGUUCGGAUUCGAAGUGGGGCCUGUCUGUUUCAUCGGCUAAGACUUUUUUUUACUGAGCAAAAUGGAGAAAAAAAAGCAUAUUUUUGUUUUCUCAGAAAAAAACGAUUGAAAAAGAAUAGGACAAUUCUAUUUGUAAAAAAGUAACUUUGUUUUUUUCCAUAAAGCAACAAGUAUGAGUAAAAUGAAAUCAAGUUGAAAGUACAGUGAAAUUCUAUAGGAAAAGAGGAAAACGAAAAUAACCUUGAAACCUCAGUGUGCCUUCUCCAUCACAUGCAAGUUUUGAAACUGGAUGUCAGAUCCUGCCUCCUACACAGCACACUCGCACACACAACCUAGCCCCAUGCCAUCACACUUGAUUUUGACUUUCUUUUGUCCAAAACAACGAAGGCGACCCUGAGAGCUGCAGCCGUUCCAGACGGUCACAGCAUUUGCCAUGGACUCCAUCUGAUUUGGCUCUUUUCUUCUCUUUAGUUUUGAUCUCAUGUUUUCCCUCAUCUCCCUGGCUUUUUCCACUUGUCUUUUGUUGGUUUGUUUGCUCAUUCACUAAGGGAGCUUCGUUUGUGCAUAAUUGUCUACCCAUUCUCUUGGAAUGGACCUUAUAUAUAUAUAUAUAUAAAUAUAUAUAAAUGAUUUUUAUGUUUGUAAGUACAUUCUGUAUAUUUUUCCUGGUAAUUUUUAUUGCUUCUGGCUUCAAAACAUGCAUGUGACUUUAUUAAUUGUGAGGUAGGAGACCAUGGAUACGGGGAUAACAUCUCAAAAAUGUAGAAACAAAGCGAGGAAAUUCGACUUGUAAAUUGAAAGCCGAAAAAGGAAAAAAAAAAUUGGUAAGUCCUGUCUUUUUGCAGUUGUGGAGCACGCCUUGUAAUUUAAGAACGGAAUGGAAAUAAAAGACGAAAACAAGCUCUGUGAUAUUAUGUGACAGUUGAUUUGCAGACAAACGGAUAAAAAAAAAAACAUUCCUCCUUUUGUGCCCUCUGAACUGAACACCUACUUUGGUGGCGAUAUCAUUAACUUAAUAAACAGCUUCUGUAUUUUUUUUUUUCCUGAAAUAUUCAUCUAUCUGACUCUACGGUGGGAGAUGAUGUCACAUUUUAAUGAGAACACAAAGAAAUCAAAACCUAGGUGCUAUUUUCUCUCUUCUGUGGUGCUAUGUAUUUUUCUAGUAUGUGUUGUUUGAAUGAAAGAAAAAUUUGUAGCGAUAAUACUCCAUCACCAGCAGCCCCUUGACUCGCUUAACCACCACGUCUGACGCAGGUGGAUCUUAGCUGCAUCCUUUAGUUUUAUUUUAAUGUUCAGUGGUGGUGUUUGCAUGCCAUUUCUCUACAUAUCCACUCGCAGAUCAGUGCAGCAUGGCGCCGUAUGUUAUAUCUCCUGCUUCAGCGGACCGCACAGAUAAGAAAACGUGUCCGACGCUUGUACCAAAUGUUGGAAUAACGAGAGGAAACUGAGAUGGUGCUGUUGGCUUUGCGUAUCGUUGCUUUGUGACGCUGCAGUUUUUUUGUUUGUUUGUUUUUUGUUGUUGGCUCUUGCUGUCGGAUCAUCUGUGCCACAUCAAACUGAUGGAGCUGAAAAGUGGACAUGUUGUGAUUGGGCCAAAGGGAUAUGGUCCAAAGUUUUGUUUGGUGUACGAGACCCUAAACCCUUCCACCAAAGGUUAUACAUCUAGCUUUAAGUGGCUCGACGUGGCUUAAAAUCAUUUUUAUGUGUAUGGGAAACAACUUGAACAGUUCAUCUUGAUUUAACCACAGAAGUCACCAGAUUAGCCAGAUGGAAUAAGUUUGAUCAUGCAGCGUCAAAAAAUUGCUUGUUGGUCUUCUAUUUUUGCCCUUAUUGUAAUACUGCUCUUUGUUCAAACUAUGCACUCUCUAUGCUUAUGACCACUAGUAUCUACCACAGAAUUUUUACAGCUCUUCAUACUUAAGUUUGUUUUGUUUCCUUUUUUUAUCUUCAAAUAUGUGACUUGAACCAUUUCUGUUAAGGUAACUAAAUAUGCUUGUAGAUCUUUUGCUUUAUUUUUCAUUGUGAUGCAGUACACCCAAAAUUAACGCUCUCAAUAAAAACGGACAAACUGAUAUUUUUUUUUUUUUGUAAAUUUCCAGAACCAGCAGUGAUGCUGCCAUUGUUUUUGUUUUAUUUUAUUUUUUUUGUUUUAUUUUGUAGAUUUCUGUUCGUCUGUCUAUUUUUGUUUGUUUUUCACAGUCUUGUCAAACCUGUGUAAGGAUAAGAGGAUAGAAGAUAUAUUGGUUUUUAUGUCAAUAAAUUCAAGUUUACUGUG